AUGGCAGAAAUUAUUGAAGGUCUGAAUUUGGUGUUACUGGGAAAAAUAGGAGCUGGGAAGAGUGCAUCAGGAAACACAAUCCUGGGACGACAAGUUUUUGAAUCAAAAGAAAGUUUCACCUCUGUCACACAAGAUCUGGCUGUUGAAUCUGGGACUGUCUGUGGACAACAGGUCACUGUUUAUGACACACCAGGAUUAUUUAACACAAAGCUUAGUGAAGAAGAGGUUCUGCAGAUAUAUGCAAAUGUUCUUCAGAGAUGUGAAUCUGGUCACUGUGUGUUUCUGCUGGUCAUCAAAGCUGACAGAUUCACUGAAAAAGAGAGAAAAACUGUGGAGAAGAUCGAGAAGCUGCUGGGAGAAAACCGCUUGAAGAAAACCUGGAUUCUCUUCACUGGAAGAGAUGAACUAGAGGAAGAAAACAUGUCAAUAGAUGAAUUCAUCAAUGAGACUGAACCACUGAAGAACCUCAUUCAGAAAUAUGAUCAGAGAUACCAUGUGUUCAACAACAAGAAGAAAGGACCUAAUGGACAAGUUCCAGAGCUGCUUUCAAAAAUAGAUGCAAUAGAAAAAGGAGCAAAACCAAAGCAGACACUAAUGAAGAGACGACAAGAAAAACAAACUCAUUUCUCUAAGAUUUUCGUACCGGUGUCAAAAUUCUUUGGCCCAAUGAUUAACACAGCACUUGUGGAUGCGCUACGCCGCACUCUCACCAUCAAUCCAUCACCGCCAUCCACAAACAUCUCUCCUUCACCGGCACCAGCAGUCUCCACCGUCAACACGGUCCCAUCUCCUUCUCCACCUGUUUACGCCAGUCCCAUGGCCAAAUCAGCGCCCUACUCAGGAUCGGCAGAGGACUGCAGCGGUUUCCUGCUGCAGUGUGAACUGGUCCUGGAGAUGCAGCCGCACCUAUACCCGAACGACACAGCCAAAAUAGCGUUCCUCAUCUCUCAACUUAGCGGCAAAGCAUUUAAAAGAAAUUCAUCCAGCUAUCCAUCUGCUGCGCCACUCGUACUGCAAAGGUGUCUUCAAGAACACCAGGGCCAGUCAUUCCCCACCUCACUCCUCUGCCGGUCCGAACCCGUCAGCUCCCCAGAACCAGCCAACAAACCCAUGGAGGUGGAGAAUUCUCGUCUCACCCCUGCUGAGCGACAAAAUCGGCUGACCCUGAACCUCUGCCUGUAUUGUGGUACGCCGGGGCAUGUCAUCUCCGCAUGCCCCACACGACCACCUCGUCCCAUGGUGAGUGCCAUUCUUCCUUCAACUCAGAAAAUGAAACCACUCACCACCAUUGUCAAUCUUACUGCUGCUGAUACUUCACUUACAGUGGUGGUGCUCCUCGACUCCGGGUCAGCCAGCAACUUCAUCUCCGGCGCCCUCUGCCGGCAACUCAGCCUCAAGACCUCUCCGUCUCCAACCAUCUACCAGAUCAGUUCCAUAACUGGAAAACCGCUCAGCCCUCCCUCCAAAGAACUUCCAAUCUGUGCAACUUCCAUCGAGAGUCCAGUAGAGAAACGCUCCAUCGACAUCCCUAAGUGUUACGCCCCCUUCAGUGAACCAGUGCCAAAGGAUAAGAUCUACCCUCUAUCCAUCCCGGAGGAGAAGGCCAUGGAGGAGUACAUCAAGGAGGCCCUCGAUCAAGGUUAUAUUCGCCCAUCAACGUCCCCUGCUGCAUCAAGCUUCUUCUUUGUGGCAAAGAAGGACGGAGGCUUGAGGCCCUGCAUCGAUUACCGUUCAAAGAACGUGAAAGCAGACGCCCUCUCCAGUCUUCAUGCUCCAGAAGAAAGUUCCGAAGAACCUGAACCGAUCAUUCCAAGUUCCCUCAUUGUGAGUCCCAUCAUGUGGUCGGAGGAGACCAUCCCCUCCUCCAAUGCCUCCACGAACCCUCCGCCGGGUUGCCCGCCAGGCUUGCUCUUCAUCACCCGGUCACGACGCACUCCAACCAUUCACUCAGCCCACACGUCACUUGGCACUGGAGUUGAUUUCAUCACCGACCUUCCAGCAUCUGAUGGGCACACUUGCAUCCUGGUUAUCAUCGAUCGUUUCUCCAAGUCAUGUCGUCUAAUCCCUCUGAAAGGACUAACCACUGCCAUGGAAAUGGCUGAACUGUUAUUCAACCAUGUUUUCCGCUACUUCAGGAUUCCUGAGGAUAUUGUGUCCGAUAGAGGACCGCAGUUCAUUUCUCGUGUCUGGAAAGCCUUCCACUCGCUCCUAGGGCCUGACGUGGCAGCCGCCGAACCCCCCCUUCCACUUAUCCUGGAGGACGGCGCAGCAUACGAAGUUCACGAGAUCUUGGACUUCCGACACCGUGGUGGUCAACUAGAGUAUCUCGUGGAUUGGGAAGGCUACGGCCCUGAAGAACGCUCCUGGGUUUCAAGAAACGACAUCCUCGACCCUAACCUGCUUCAGAACUUCCACAGCAACCACCCUGACAGACCUGCCCCGCAUUUUAUGGAUGCUCCUGAUGAAUCAGACACUUCCAGAAGGAUUGUUCUUCUGGGUAAAACUGGUGAUGGGAAGAGUGCAGCUGGAAACACAAUACUGGGAGAGGAAGAGUUUGACUCUGUGAUGAGCGCGAGUUCUGUAACCAGUAAAUGUUCAGAAGCUCAUGCCACUGUUUCAGGCAGAUCUGUGUCUGUAGUUGAUACUCCUGGAUUAUUUCACACACAAAUGAACACUGAAGAAUUAAAGAUAGAGAUAGAGAAAAUUGUUUAUUUAUCCAGUCCUGGACCUGAUGCUUUUCUCAUUGUAAUUAAUCUGAUUAUGAGAUUCACUGAACAUGAGCUGCAGAUCGCAGAACAGAUUAAAACACUGUUUGGACAGGAGGUGUUAAAAUACUCCAUCAUUCUCUUCACUCAUGGAGAUCUGCUAGAAGAAAAGUCUGUAGAGGAACUCAUUGAGGAGAACAGUGCAUUAAGAGAUCUAGUUGAUCAGUGUGGAGGCAGAUUUCACGUCUUCAACAAUAAAGAUCAGAAUAACAGAGAGCAGGUGAAUGAUCUACUGCAGAAGAUUGACACAAUGAUAGAGCAGAAUGGAGGAGGACACUACAGUAAUCAGAUGUUUGAAGAUGCUCAGAGAUUCAGACAAGAGGAAGAAGAGCAGAGACAGAGAGAGAAGAAACAAAGGCAAGAGGAGAUUGAGAGAGAAGAGGAGAUGAGACAGAGAGAGGAAGAGAAGAGAAAACAAGAGGAGAAGCAAAGACAAGAGGAAAUUGAGAGAGUGAGAAAGGAGAAAGAGGAGAAAAUCAGAGCAGAGUUUGAGGGUCCACUAAGAUUUUUCGUAGGAAGUUUUAUUUCAAUGAGAUGGAGAGAGGAAGAGGAGAUGAGACAGAGAGAGGAAGAGAAGAGAAAACGAGAGGAGAAACAAAGACAAGAGGAAACUGAGAGAGUGAGAAAGGAUAAAGAGGAGAAAAUCAGAGCAGAGUUUGAAGAUUCACCAAGAUUUUUACUAGAAAGAUUUAAGUUAAUGAGACUGAGAGAAGAAGAGGAGAGAAAACGAGAGGAGAAACAAAGACAAGAGGAGAUUGAGAGAGUGAGAAAGGAGACAGAAGACAAAAUCAGAGCAGAGUUUAAAGGUCCACCAAGUUUUUUACUAGAAAGACUCAAAGCAAUGAGACUUAGAGAGGAAGACCAGAUACGACGAGAGGUUGAACGUCAGGAGGUGUUUGGAAGAGUCUUUUUCCCCUGGCCUUCACCAAUGAGACAUAAGGCAACGUGGAGGAAACUACAAAAGGAGAAACAAAUGCAAGAGGAGAUUCAGAGAUUGAUAAAGGAGAUAGAGGAGCAAAUCAGAGCAGAAAUUGAAGGCCCACCAAGAUGAUUAUGAGA